UCCCAUCUCGCGCCUUCCCUCUUGUCUCUCCUCGAACUGCUAGCCGUCCGUGUGUGUUGUUGUUGAAGCAAUGAUGGCGGCAGCGGGAUGCGGAUCAGCAACCGCGGCUGCCGUAGGAGGCCAAGGUGGAACCGCUACGGCCAGAGGUCGUUUCCCCGGUCGGCCUUGGUCGUCACGCAGUCGUUUGCGCUCCGAGAAGCGAUGGCAACUCGGACGAUCAGGCUUAGAAGCUGAUGAUAUGACUAACGGAGGGCCAAGGCCCGCAAACCUGGUUCUAUCGUUAAACGAAGACCAGUCUCACUUGCGCUUACUCGGGAUAGAGGCGAGCCACAAGAUCCUUGGCCAGGCUGGAUACAGCUCUAGUGGGAGUGAAGAGGUGAGGUCCCAAACCGACCCAGGAGGAGAUGACUUCAAAGGAUUUGAAGCAGAGAAAAAAGGCUCUAAAGGACCUGUAUGGUCUCAACAAAACCCUUCCAAAGGUGAUGCUGUCAACACAAAAUCUAAACGACAAAGUGAGAAGCUACCACUUAAAACGCCAGCUGUGGAGGCAGCUAUUACCCCACCUGAUCCUGUAAAAGAUGUGAAAUCUUUGGAGGAAAUACAAGGCUUAUCUCCUGAAACAGAGCCUGCAAAGGAUUGCAGGAAAGGUUCGAAAGGAAAAAACACUAUGGAUCGACAGUCCACUAAAAGUGGAGCGUCAUCAGCAGCACCAAGGAUUACUAUAAAGUUGGUGGCCAAAAAGAAAAUAAAAACCAUAAAGGAGCCUAAUAAGAAAACAGUAAAGAAACUGAAGAUGAAAGGAAUUCAGGAUCAGCCUAAAGACAAGGACAUUCAGGGUGAGCAGAUUUCAAGUGCUCAUGUCAAAUUAAAAACUGAACCACAAGAGGAUAAACAUGACACAGAAGAUAAGGGAGGGGGCUCUGCACCUGCCAGAAGGCGUGGGAGAUCUGCUUCAAAGACAAAGCCUGUUUGUCAGCCUAGCUCCAAAAGUGUGAGUGAUGACCAAAAAUCGAAAAAGAGGACAUCAGUAGAUCGACUCGACACUGUAAAGGACAGUGGGACUGUAGAGCCAAAAACGAAUACAAAGAAAUCGAAGCAUAAGGAAACUGGUACAGAGCAAAGUUCUGAAGUUAAUCAAUUAGUUGUUCGCCGGAGCAACAGAGUCACUAACUUACCCUCUAAAAGUGUCUCUGAAGGUGCAACUGAACCAGAAAAUUUGAGUAAAAGUGAUUCCAUUUUGGCAGAGCCAGAGGUUUCGAGAACAGCAGAGGUCAAGUCGUCAACCAGAACUGACAGACGAAGGCAAAGCAAAAGGUUGAAUAGGGACGUUAUGUUGCCAGAAGAUCAUGGUCCAUCAUCCACAGAGACUGAUAAUUUGGCUGCACAAUCCAGUAACAGUUUGGCUGUGAAAAAUGAGGAAACAAGGGUCCCAAGUUUAAAGUUGAAAAAGAUCAGAAACCCAAAAUAUGAUACACAGUCCAGUGGGAAGAACUCUACUCGAAAGAAGAAAGUGAAAAAAUUUAUCUGGACUUUAACAUUAGAGAAAGGAGGGAGUCUGACACAGUGUGCAGACAACACUGUCAAGGUAACAGAGAAGACAGUGAGUGAAGUGGAUCAGCUCACGUCUUGUGACUCCAGCGCCAUCGCCAGUUUGAAGGGGAUGGAUAAAACAUCUAAACUGGAUAACUCUACUCUGCUAGAGAGUAAAAGCAUGGACAGUAAUGAGAACGGUUCCAAAAACAAGGCUGAUGUAUCAUUUGAGGAAAAGUCCACUUUGCAGGUGGAAGUUGAAGCGGAACUCAUAAAUGAAACACCCCCACAAGAAAUGACUAAAACAGACUCUGGGAAAGUUGUCCCACCUCUUCAGAUCAAAAAAGUGUCCUCUCCUGGUAAACAUAAAAGUUCAAAGCCAUCCUUUUUAAUUCAACAUGUUAGUCCCGUGCCUGAAAAGAAAGAAGAUGUUUUGAAAGAUCUAAGCGAAGUUAAUGAGGAUAAGUCAUCGUGUCUUGAUGCUGCAGUCACACCUAAUAGGAGACUAAGAAGGAGAACAUCAAGCUUUGAUUCACCACAGACCAAGUCUGUCAGUCAUAAGACUGUGACCACUCAGAAACGGAGGUUAAGAACGAGUCCACAGGUUGAAGAUACGCCACAGGUACAUGUUGAAGAUUCUUCUCAGACUUCAACUGAAGAUUCCACCUCACAUGGUCUUCCUAAAAACUCCUGUCAGGUUUUGGCUGAGGAUCCCUCGCAGGUGACAAGUGCAAACUCUUCUGAAGUUCCUGAGAAGGAGUCCUCAAAGACUGCUGGUGAUCCUCCACAGGUGCCAGGUGAAGUGUCUCCACAGAAGGUGGACAUUGAGGUAGAACCGCAGAUCGAAGAGGCCAAACCAUUGACUGUGCCUUCAAAACCUAGAAGAUGUAGAAAUAAUAAAUUAGUGAAAAAGAGAUCUGUUCAAAGGAAGAAGGCUGUUGUAACUCCUGAAACUGCUGUCAGCACAGAGUUGGCUACAGCUGAAGUGACUGGUACAGAGUCUGUGCUAAAGGAAGAUACUCAGCCUUCAGAAACAGAGGUAACUCAGUCAGAAAUGAAAGAUUGCACCCAGUCUGAAGCAAAACAGGACACUGUGUUGUUGGACGAAGAGCAGAUACCGCCACCGGUAAAAGAGGAAACAGACAUUCAGUUGAUAGAUACUCAACAAUCUUUAGUGUCAGAAAGUCAAGCAAGCGAUCCAAAAACACCGUGCCUACAAAAGACAUCUCUCAAAAAACUAAAAAAGAAGCGUAAAAGUUUGAUUGGGCAGCGUCAGAAACACAGGCACAGGAGCAGAGAUGGGAAGUUUGCUCCACUUAAAUUAUUUGAAAAUAGUCCGAAAAUUGUUGAGGGGGAUAGUGACGUUUCUACCCCUUCGGCAGCUGCCACACUGGCCCCGAACACCAAACUUAUUGGCAUACAGAAAAAGUAUAAAAAGAGACAGCCACAUCUUCAGCUGUUGGGGUCUAAAAGGCCAAAAUCACAAGCUAAAAUAAUUUCUAAGCUGUUAGACAUAGGGCUUGAGAAAGACGGUAUGAAGCAGGAAGAAACGGACACAUUAGUCGAUGGGGGACAAGCCGAUGUUGUAAAUCAACAUCCUGGUAAAUCAAAGUUUGUUAAAAACAUCAAGCACUUCAUUAUGCCUGUUGUAAGUGCCAGAUCCUCACGAGUGAUCAAGACCCCACAAAGGUUUAUGGAUGAUGCUGGAAUGUCUGUAUUGCCUCGAAGAAACUCUCCAAAGAAGGGUUUACAACUGGGCUUGCAAAUGCGUCCAGGAAAGAGACGAGAUGAAGGGACAGGCAGAGCAAUAUCCCCUAUCCUGCCAGUUGAUGAGGAGGACAUAUGGAGUGGAGCUCAAUUGGAUGUUGAUCUGUUUUCAGCUCAGGACCUAGAUGACAACACUGACAUAGCCGACAGCCUAUUUUCUGAGAAAAAAAGUGGCAAAAUUGAGAAAAAGUCUUCUCUUCUGAAGAACUCUAGCUUCAAGUGGCAUGUGCCAGAAGAGUCUAGAGAAGAAUUGUAUACACUGGACAAAACUCCGGAGAGCAAAUGUGAGGAUCUGUUCUUAUCUACUCGAGUUGAUAAGCCCACAGAACUGUCUGCUGACCUACUGGAUUCUCAGAAAAAGAAAACUGUCCCUAAGUUUAAAAAGCAAACGGCUCACCUCAAGAUUUAUCAAAAGCUAAAGAAGGUGCACAUGGGACUUCCCAAAAGCAAAAACACAACAGAAGGUGAUAGUGUCAGUAAACCUCCUCAGCCUCCUGUUGAUUUAGCAGAAGGACUGGAUGAUGAGGCCAUGAGCAUUAGCCUUAGGCAGCGGAAUACAAGCACAGAGAAGGACAAAUCCAAGCUUAAGAUAGAAGACCUUGAUUCUCCUGGAGUGGUGAGAAAGGUUUCUGUGUGCGUUAGGACUACGAACUCCAAGUCCCCUGCAGUUCAGCACAGCAAAGAGGAGAAUUUAGCAGGGAAAGACACUGCCCAGCAUCACUCAGAAGAGCUACAGUCGGGACAGGACUCAGGCGCGGUUGAAGGCGAUUAUCUUGGAUCUGUGGAGAAGGGAACUUCACAAAGAGGGCGCAUCACUGGUGCAAAUAAAAGAAUGUUGAAUCUCCUCAGGAAAGCCAAGGUUCAGCUCAUUAAAAUUGACCAGCAGAAACAGCUAAAGUCUUCUGGGCUGUUAUCGAGUGGCGCCAGAUCUCUCGAUGUGACCUCUAAGAGGCAAAGGAGGAAGCAGAGGGUUCAGCUUGAUGCUGAUGUUCCAGUCAAGACAGAGCCACCUCAAGGACAACCGCAGCUCAUCUCCCCUUUGUGCCAGGAGUUUCGUAGAGCAGGAGGUCCACGUAUCAAGCAUGUGUGUCGUGCAGCAUCAGUGGUGCUGGGGCAGCCCCGAGCCUUGGUGCCAGACGACAUUCCCAGGCUUAGCGCCUUGCCACUUCAUGAAAGAACUGGCAUUUCCCCUUCAGACAUCGCUAAAGAUGUUGGGUCUCCCUCUGAAUCAGACAGUCCUGAGCUGUCAGAAUCAAAGGUCACCAAGGUGAAGAAGCCGUCAACUUUUGUGAAACGGAAAGGCCUCGGGCCAUUUGGUUAUCGCUCUCGGAGGUGUGGAGUUUGCAAAGGGUGCAACCACGAGGAGGACUGUGGCAAGUGCAUGAACUGCCUCGACAAACCCAAGUUUGGUGGUCCCAAUACCAAACGGCAGUGUUGUGUGUAUAAGAGAUGUGAUCAAAUUGAAGAGAGAAAAGCUCGCAGAUUAAGUGGAAGAACAGCACCCAAAGGUUCCUCUAAGAGACGUCGAUCCUCUUUCAGCGGAGGCCAUUCAAGUAAUGACGAAGGGAACGAGGGUGCUACGGACUCACCGUCUGGUCACCAGGGUGACAGCCAUAGUCCGUCAGUCAGGAAGCAGCCAAAACGUGUUGUGAAACCUCGUGUCUACUUUGACUUGGAGGACUACGACUCUGAUCUAGAUGACAAAGCUGUCCAAAGCUCUUUCUCGCCAGCCAGGAGAAGGGGUGCAGGGUCUCGUUUUAGUCAAGACUUUGUGUCAUUGGAUGGCUUCCUUGGAGAUAUUUCAGAUGAUGAAGUCAGGCAUCGGAAGUCCAGCUCACAUCGUGGACCACCUGGUCGACGUAAACCCGAGAAAGGUCCUUUGGAGCAGACUCCUCCCAGUGUCCUAGCUGCCCUGGCCCACGGGUUUGAGCAGAGAGAUGUUGAGAGUUCUAAGCCUACUCACAAAAUCAGGGUUGGCUACAAGGAGGACUGUGCUUUGGAGAAUGUCUGGAAUAUGGGUGGUUUAAGUAUAUUAACCUCUGCGCCACUCAUGCCACCCUAUAUCUGCUUCCUUUGUGCCAGUAAAGGGCAACAUGAGAUGCUGUAUUGCCAAGUAUGUUGUGAGCCUUUCCACCAGUUUUGCCUUGAACCAGCAGAGCGCCCCUCUGAGGAGAACAAGGAAAAUUGGUGCUGUCGUCGCUGCAAGUUUUGCCAUGUGUGUGGCAGAAAAAACAAGAAUUCAAAGCCAUUGUUGGAGUGUGAACGAUGCCAGAACUGUUAUCAUGCUUCCUGCCUGGGACCCAACUAUCCAAAACAAAACAAGAAGAGGAAAGCUUGGGUCUGUAUGACAUGCAUCAGGUGUAAAAGUUGUGGCGUCACACCUGGAAAGAGUUGGGACACUGACUGGAACCAUGACAAAGGACUCUGUCCAGUCUGUUCAAAACUCUUUGAACUGGGUAACUACUGUCCAAUUUGCUUCAAAUGUUAUGAGGACAAUGACUAUGACAGUCAGAUGAUGCAGUGUGGCACCUGUAACCACUGGGUGCAUGCCAAGUGUGAGGAUCUAACAGAUGAACUGUAUGAGAUCCUGUCCAGCUUGCCGGAGAGUGUCGUGUAUUCAUGUCGGCCGUGCAGUGUGACCCAGCCGAGUGCCUGGAGAGAACUGCUCUACAUUGAGCUCAGGGCCGGGGUGGAAAAGGUGCUGGCUUGCUUGCUUUCCUCCACCCUGACCCAGCACCUUGUUACCUGCUCACAGUGUGAGAAGUUGGGAGAUCCUGACAGCAGUGUAGAAGGACAACCAGCCUGUGACCUCCGAGCUGUAGGCAAGAAGUUUGAUAAAGGCCUUUAUACCACAUUGAAAAUGUUCCAUGAAGACGUGGUUCAGGUGGUGCGAAAGAGGCUUGAGCAAGAGGAGGAUCUUCCAGAGGAGAAGAGACCCACAGCUCUGGCACGCUCUUACUACUUAAAGCUCCUCGAGGAGGUGUUUAACUGGUUCAACAGCCAAGACCCAAAGGUGUGGAACCCUUGUACCAAAGACUUGCCCACGGGAAUGCUGUCCCAAGCUGUUCAGCCUCCUACAACCGAGCAUGUUUAUGCCCAGUGGCAGGAGAGAGAAGAGCUCUCAUCCAUGGCUAAGCUGGGGCUCCUUCAGGAGGACGAUGGACAAAGUUUAGAUGUAAAGGAAGAGGAGAUGGUUGCUCCAAUGUCCAGGGAGCCAACAAGCCAGAACCACUUCAAAACCAGUCGGGCUUUCAGACUCAAAGGGAAAAGGGGCCAGUUUUCUAAAGCUGAUUUAGACACCGGAUGGUCCAAGGAUGAUGAGAGACAGUGCUCUUUGUGCCAAAAAUAUGGAGACCUCAAACCUAAUGAAGCGGGCAGGUUGCUAUACUUGGGCCAGAAUGAGUGGGCUCAUGUCAACUGCUGUCUGUGGUCAGCUGAGGUUUUUGAAGAGGAAAAUGGCUCUCUGCUACAUGUACACAGUGCUGUCACAAGGGGCCGAUUAAUGCGGUGUGAGCGCUGCAACCAGACAGGUGCCACAGUGGGCUGCUGCCUGACAUCUUGUCAAAGCAAUUAUCACUUCAUGUGUGCCCGCUCCCGUCACUGCGUGUUCCAGGAUGACAAGAAGGUCUAUUGCUACAAACACCGACAUCUCAUCACUGGCAGGAUGGUCAGUGGUCAAGAAUUUGAAGUGAACCGCAGGGUGUAUGUGGAUUUCGAGGGCAUCAGCCUACGCAGAAAGUUUUUGACUGGACUGGAACCAGAAUUAAUUAAUGUGAUGAUUGGUUCCUUACAGAUAGACAGACUGGGUGUUCUGACAGAACUUUCAGCGAUCAAAGGAAAACUAUGUCCUGUGGGUUUUCAGUGCUCUCGUUGGUACUGGAGCACAGUUAAUCCAUUCCGCCGGUGCAAAUAUACAUGUACAGUCCAGGAGGUCCGUCCUGUUAUCCCUGAGAAGCCUGUUGAGGAUAUGCCGGACCACGGAGACAAUCAUACUAUUGCUCACAGUCCCUGUGCACUGCCGGAAUCUGAAGUCCAAGAGAUUGAUGCAGCGGAACCUCAGCCUCCAAUGGAAGAAACCUUUUUCCCAGGACCAUCCCUUAAGUCAGAUCAUGGAACAAGGCCAAAGAUUCCCAGCUAUCCCCAAACCAGAAGACCAGCUGGAGGAAUGUCCCGACCUCUGCCAUCCCCAGGACUAACCCAGCUGAAACCGCACCACAUAUUGACCAUAAGUGAUCUGGAGGAGACCCGCCGAGUUCGUCGCCACAUCCCACACUCACAGUCAACAAGCGCCCGCAGUCGCAUUUCCCCCCCUCCUCUGGGCCCUUUGACUGGACCAAUCACCCUUCGUGCUGGAAAAUCUUCCCUUCCCACUUCCCCACUCUUCCCACUUGGUGCUACGGACAACCUGAUAAAUUCUCCAUCAUCCCGUCCAGGUGGAGGUAGAAGUGCUUCCUCAGUCCGAUGCCCUGGGAAUACAAUGACCCAUUGUACCUCAUCUUUCUUUCCUCAGUCUACCUGGCAGGACAGUGCAGGCAGCUUUCCCUCUCCAAGUCUGUCUUUCCCUUCAUCCAUACAUCUACCCAGAAACCGCUUGUCAUUUGAUCUGAGUCAGUCAGACUCAGUUGAAGUGCCACACAACUUCUUAGCUUCACCAGAACCUGAGGAUGUUUCUCCAGCAAAUGGUACAUCACCAGAGGGGGACUUAGAGCAGCAGAAGGGCGAGGAAGAAUUUCCCUACAGUUCAUUCCACAAGGAUCCCAGCAUUAGUCUCGGCCAGGAGAUGAGGGCAGAACUGGAGAUUGAAGAGACACUCCUGAAUGAAGGUGUGGCAAUGAACUGUGAGGGGCAAAUAGUGGUGGAAGGUGAAGAUCAGGAGGAAUUUUGGGAAAAAGCCCAAGAGGUACAUAAGAGGAAGACCGUUGUUGCCAACCUGACACGUUCUGCAGCCUCAGCCAGGGAUGACUUAGGCAACACAUCCUCUGAUGAUGAUAUGGAGCACUAUUUUGACUUCUCAAGGACAAUAGUCAGCUGUCCUGGAUCAAAAGAUCUUUCUAAGUCUCCCUCUUCCCCUUCCUCACCGUCUAUGGCUCAGCUGGAUGGUGUAGAUGACGGUACAGAAAGCGAUGCAAGUAUAGCGACCAAUGAUGAUGCUCGGAAAGCUGAGGGUUCUAGCCAAGCUCAGAUACAAGCCAAAAACCUAAAUAAUAAAAAUCUCCCUGAUUCUGAAACUGCAAACGGAACAAAGGCUGUCCAGAGUCUGUUCCCCGAAGCAUCAUCCAAUGAUAAGCACACAGAUUUGUCAUCAGUCACCAUCUCCGUUACCAGAAAAAGCCUGCCAGAUAGUUCUCCUCAUGAUCCACCUAAAUCUUGUGAUACCAGUCAAUCAAGUGAGGACAACAUGGGAUUUGUUUCUCCACACAUUUCCCGAACCUCUCCACUCAAAGAGCAAAGCUCUGACACUCCUUUAGUAAAUCAAGAGACUGUGCUUCCUACACCAGUUCAUAAUGCUCUGCCUACCUUACUCACAAAUGUGCCUGAGACCUCAUACUCAGAGGACUUAUUCCGGGGUUCCAGUUUAGGAUUGACUUCUGGAACACCCCUUGUUCUUGAGAGAUGUGACACAAGUUCACAUUUAACUGAGAUAGUUCCUUUGCUAGGAGGUACGCUGCUUGAGACACAACAGUCUGAAGCUUCUAAACCCCUGAACUCAACAGUGUCAUCAACUGAGGGGUCUGCUGUGUUAAUGAACCACUUCACAGCUAAUACAAUGGAACCCUCAUUAGCAAAUUGUGCUAAUAACAGUCAGGGUACCCUUCUUGAUCUGCUUCAGCCUUCCUCUUUAAUCUCUACAGAGGCACAAAAUGCCUCUGAAGGCCUUGUAGACUCUCUACAGAUGUAUUCCUGUUUACCAGGUUUCAGUCAGCCUCCUCUAACAAGUAUCACACUUCAACCAGUAACAUCUUCACAAGAGCCAACAGCCUUCUCGUCCGUGGAGCCUUUGUCUACUAAACUAACCACCCUCAGUCCCGUUGGAGAUGUGACACAAACACUGCUAAAUGUUGCCCCUCAGAAUGAUCCAGUGUUAUCAGCUACAGCAAGCACUUGUCCCCCAGCAGUAACUUGUGGAACUGUCACGCUGCCCAUCUACUCCACACAAACACGGCCAUUGGGUUCUACAGCUGUGACCAUUGUUUCUUCCUCUGCUUCAGUAUUGCCUCUUUCUGGCCUGUCAGUACAGUGUUCAGCUGCUCAAACGCCAGUCCAAACCACCUCUGCCCCUGUGAUCUUAAAUGGUUACAGCUCUUCACCCACUCAGAAAGAAGCUACAGCUGGUCACACAAUCUCCAUCAACUUUUCUUCACCCAGGCCAGCUUUAGAACCUCAACAGCCAGUGGUUCCCCAGGCUUUGCCUGGACAUGCUAUUCUGACUGUGAAGGAGGUGGGUGGUCCAAAUGUCGAUCCUACUCCACAUGUCCUACUGGUCAACCGCCUUGGGCAGAUCUUUGUGAAGAACCCAGAAAGUAAUACUUUCCAGCUACCAACUCCAAACUCCCCCUCCUACAGCUGUGUCACUCAGAUUGCCAGCCUUUUGCAAAGCAAUGCGCUGUCAGCCACACUAGCAGCAGCUGGUAAUUUGCCUGCUUCACCCUCUGUGGCAAGCACAGCAACGGCAGUAGCUCCAUCGGUUACACCUACAGUUCAGAAUCCAACCACAAUCACGCAGCUGCUUACUAACAGUAGCAAUGGUGCAGUGGCAUCAGUAAAUGUGAAGAAAGCAAGAAAGAAUACAAAAACUUCAAAUGAUGAAACUGUUCCGGAGGUGAAAAAAACAAAGAAAAAGAAGGAGUCUAGUGCAUCCAGGAAAUCCAAGUCCUCCAAGGCCUCAGGGCAGCCUGCUUCGUCAACUGAGAAUCCUCCCAUGACUCCUGCUGAAAGUGCUCAAGCAAUUAUCAAUCAAGCAAUGGCAAGUAACUACACCCCCAAGUGGAGUGGACUUCGAACACUGAGCCCUUCUUCACUGGUUUUGCCACCUGGCCUAUUAAUUGAACCAGAACCUCCAGUGUUGGCUUGCUCUCCAUCACCAACACCAACACCAGCUCCUCCACCUCGCCCUCGCACCCACGUCCGCAUGAAGAGAGUGUCUUCGCUUUCAGACCGUAUUGUCACAAAGAAGUCUAAAGUUGACUUCCUACAACCAGAGCCUAUCACUGAAGAUGAGGAGCACCGCAGACCUACCUUUCCAAGCAUCUCAAGUAGGGCUUCAGGAGUCCGCAUUAAGACCCCAACAGUGAAAGGAAUACUCGACUUGGACGAGUUAAAGGAGGAGCAUAUAAGUGAUUCUGAUAGCUCGGGAUCUGAGCCUUGGGAUUAUAUGUCUCGGGGUGAGCAAGGCAAACAACAAGCUUGGGAGCCAGUGGGACAUAGCAACUUGACUGACUGGAAUAAGUACUCUGGCGCUGCUUCUACCUCAGAUGAUGAGCCACCACCCUCAGAUGAGGAUGAGGAAUGUCCAACCAACAGAGACCAGCCACACUUGAGAUUUGAGAUAACAAGCGAUGAUGGUUUUAGUGUAGAGGCAGACAGUAUCGAGGUGGCUUGGAAAGCAGUGAUAGACGGGGUGCAGGAGGCACGAUCAAUUGCAAGGCUGAGACCUCUGAACUGUCAGAGGAUGACCGGUUCCUACAUGCUGGGUUUGGUUCAUAAUGCAGUGGUGUUCUUGCUGGAGCAACUUCAAGGAGCUCAUCGCUGCCAACGCUACACCUUCCGUUUCUUCAAACAGUUCAGCCAAGAGGACGACCUUCCUGUCAAUCCCAGCGGCUGUGCACGGUCUGAGCUGUAUCUUAGGAAGUCCACAUUUGACAUCUUUAAUUUCCUGGCCUCUCAGCAUAGACAGCUUCCUGACAUUGGACCUUAUGAUGAUGAAGAAGAUGAGGUUCUUUUGAAGUCCACAAGACGGGCUACUAGCUUGGAGUUGCCGAUGGCCAUGCGCUUCAGACAUCUGGAAAGGACAUCCAAGGAGGCUGUUGGAGUGUACAGGUCUGCUAUCCAUGGACGAGGGCUUUUCUGCAAGAGGAACAUUGAAGCUGGGGAGAUGGUUAUUGAAUAUGCCGGCAUUGUCAUUCGCUCAGUGCUCACUGACAAAAGGGAGAAGUACUAUGAUGGCAAGGGCAUUGGCUGUUACAUGUUCCGUAUUGAUGACUUUGAUGUGGUGGAUGCAACCAUGCAUGGCAAUGCAGCAAGAUUUAUCAACCAUUCCUGUGAACCUAACUGCUACUCUCGAGUCAUCAAUGUGGAAGGAAGGAAGCAUAUUGUUAUCUUUGCUCUUCGGAAGAUCUACAGAGGGGAGGAGCUCACCUAUGACUAUAAGUUCCCCAUUGAAGACGCCAGCAACAAACUCAGCUGUAACUGUGGGGCCCGGCGCUGUCGACGUUUCCUCAAUUGAGACAUCCUUUGUAUGAGAAGGGGAGGAUCCUGUUUACUAGUAAGCCUUAAGUUAAGGUGGCACUGGAUUGGGCUUGGGGAGGUCGUGGAGAGUCCACACAGCAGGGGAAUUAGCCACUAUGAGACCGUUCAGGAAUAUUUGGAGGUUCAGCAGUGAUAUGUGGACAUUUUAUGGGUUGAAGAAGAGGAGAACCUUCAAAGAAAAAGGCAUUAACUUUUGAAACAUUUUCUGCUUAAUAUAUGUUCACAAGAUACUUCUGCCUGUGAAGAGUUCAGAAACACAGCUGGCAGAGGAGUUAAUACUGUGGAGGAAGUAGUUUUGGUGGUCAUGACAACAGGAUAUUUGAACCAGACGUUUAAAAUGUAGGGGGGUUCCCUGAUCAGUGUGGAUGGCAUUUUUUUGAUACACACUUCAAGCCUUAUCUGUCUGAAUCAUGUUUUUUGGGGUGGGGGGUUUCUGUAGUCUAUAAUACACUUGUAAUUAUGACAGCUCCAUCCUCCAGUGAUGGGAAGAUUAUAGCCCCAUAUGUACAGUGGUGAAGUCAGUUCUUGAGCCAUACAUUCACCCAAACCUUUAUUUCUUUGAUCCCACAUUUGGCUCUUCUAACAUUGUUAAUUUUUGUUCUCUUUUGGCUUAUUUUUCUCUUGAGUAACAAAACAACCAUGGUGCUAAUCUUCGAAAGGUCUUUAAAGUCUUUAAUUGGACGAAGGUGUCCUGCAAAUCAGGAAUUGUCUAGCUGUUUAUUCACCCUGCUGAGACCGUUUAUCUGUAUGCACUCAAGCAGUACUCUUGUGUUCAUUAUUACAGGUGUCUGGUAAGCUUCACAUGUCACAUCAUACAUCUGCUAGUUUCUUCCUUCCUCACUUCCUCUGUUUUUAUGUUGAGGUAAAAAUAGCUUAUCGCCAUUUUAAGUUUCAGUUAAGAACAGUGUCAUAUUUAUAAAGACAGAGUUGUCCUGUACAGUGUAUGUAGCAAACACUACCCAAGCCAAAAGUGGAGAGUUGUGGUGGAUAUCAGUUUUUAAAUAUAUAUAUUUUAUUACUCUCCUGGCAGAUGCUCAUGACCUAUUGCAAUAAGACUCUGCUGUUCAACUGUUGCAUAAUUAACCAUCAAACAUAGAAAUGAUCUUCAUCUUUGUGACGCUAUCUACAGCUCAAUCAGGGAGAGCAGAGGUAAACAGCAUCUGGGUGUGUGUAUUUAACUUCUCCAGCAGGCUUUUUGAGAACAGAGACUUUGUAGAUGUUGCUGUUGCAGAAGACAUCCGCUUUAAAAUGGAGCUGAGAGAAUGCAUUCAGCACCUUAAAUAAUGUUUAAUGUUCUUAGUCGAUGUUCAGCGCUGUCACUGAUGAGGCUAAUCUAAUUCACGCACUGUUCAAGUUUGUAGUUAUAUUUAUUCAUGUUUAGCUUCCUAUUUUAAUGUUAAAAGGUUAUGCUUUGUAUAAACGGUGGCAGUUUAUUGUUUUAGGAAACCUCCCCCAUUUAUAUCUUUAUUUUUUUGGUUUUGUUUACAAAUGAUGUCCUUUGUUUCACUAAUAUACUUGAAUUUUCUUUGGGGCAGUUGUGUCAUGCAUUUAAGCCUUUAUGACAAAAAUUGCUCUAAAGCAGGUAUUUUUAACAAAUAAUUUUUAUUUUAUUUUUUGUAAUGGUAGAUUACUGACGGUCUUAGAAUCAGCCACAGGAGUAAAGUGAGCACUGUUUGCCUCCCCAAGCCCAUGAUCGUCUUUUUUUUUGUUUGUUUUUUUUCCCACUCCUUCCUCCUCAAAUGUAUUAGCCCAAAUUUCCAUAAUGUUUUUAUUGAUCUUAAUCCCCCCUUUCUUUCUUGCAUGUCCAAUCACUGGGAUGGAGCCCAGAUUAUACUUGUGUCAAUCACCUAUCUGACAACAAGAGCAGAGUCACUCCCAACUCCUUGCAAGGAUUCUACCUCAGCUGUUUACACAGAUGUUUGGGAAUACUGAUGCAAAAAGAGAGGAUGAUAAUUUAAGUGUUGGUUGGUUUUAAUGUCCUGCAGAGCUGGUGUUUGUGUGUGGGGUGUGUCAUUUUGUAUGUGUGUAUGUGCGUGUGAGUGCAAUGAAGGAUGCAAAGCACUAGUCAAAACCUUAAGUUAUCAUGACCAUCUCUCCCAGAAUCUGUUAAGAAAGCUGUAUGUUAUAUAUACACACACAUAUAAAUAUAUAUAUAUAUAUAUAUAUAUAUACAUAUAUAUAUAUAGUAGGGUUAUUUUAAAGUAAGUGUAAAAGACAUACAAAUGAGAAAAUAUGUGAUCUUUAAAUUUAUGUCUUUGUUACCAUGUACAAAUAAACCUUGAGUUUGUAAAUAUUUGUAUACAUAUUUCUAAACCUGUUUAAUUUUUCUAUGCACUUUUUUAUUUAUAAC